GUCACAAAGUAGACUACAAAUGAUAGUGAUAUAAAACUUGUGAUGUUGUUACAGAACGAUGUAUCCGAUCGUAUCUAAUGGACGCGACCUUUAACAGAGUUCAAUCUGUUUUAGUGAAAAUAUGUACCAGUAGUAGUCGCUCCGAUGAGAACAUGGAUAAACUCAAGCAGGAAAACGCCUGUCUGAGAAAGACGCUUGAUGAAGUUUUUCGCCAGCAGGGGGCGCCAUCAGACUCCCAGAGCAACCAAGUUUUGCUAGAGAGAAUCCUUGCUCUGGAGACAAUAAGAGAGAAAAACUCACAGCAGAUCCUGGAAAGAGAUCAAGAAAUCAUCCAUCUUUGGCACCUGCUUCGGUCAGACAGGGAUGAGGUUGUGCUCGGCCUUUAUGGGGAACUCAAGCAGAUGAAAGCAGACGCUGCAAAGAGAGAGAAGCUCUUUCAGUCGCUCACACAGGAGACAGAGGAGAUGAAGAAGAGACUGGAAGCUUCUGCUAAAUGCCAGAUUUUAGAAAAUACAAGUCCGGCUGGCACUGCAGAUGCCCAUGUUGCCACCAGAGACUUCACAUUGAUUGAGGAACAGCUGAAAGACGCCUUGAAGAAGAACCAGCAGUGGCUUGUGUAUGACCAGCAGAGAGAGGCUUAUGUGAAGGCACUGCUGGCGGAAAAGUGCCGUCUGGAGCAGGAGCUACAGCAGGCCAAGAAUGCUAUACAACAGAGAGAAACUGAUUCAGGAAUGUGAUCAUGAAGACUGUAAUAGUCAUAGAACCCCUAUUAAUCUGUGAUUUAUUAUACAGUAUAAUACAAAAGCUCUUUGUUAUAAAUAGGCAGCUUAAUGUUUAAUUAGCAGCUAUUAAAAAAGUUCCCAAUAAAAAUUUAAAAUUUUACUGACACUUAAGAAACCUUUACACCAAACAAAAAAAGAACAGCCCUCGUAUUUGUAUAUUAAAUCUAAGCAUAUUAUGUUUUUUUUAACACAUUCCCUCAAAGCUACAUCCAGAUUA